AUGAGGCCUUUAAUCCGAUGGCGAGUGGGACGAGGCACUAUCAGUGCUUGGUAUGACACUUGGCAUGCAGAUACUCCCUUGGCCUCCUCUACCUCUUUUAUGCCAUCCUGGCCUCAUCUUACGGUGGCUCAACUUCUUGAUGGAGAUACUAAUGUAUUCCUCGAGAGGCACGGACUCUCAUUAGAUUUACUACCAGAGAUCUCGUUAAUAGAGUUGGGCCCUAGUGAUGAUUAUUCGAUCUGGACUCUUACCUUAGAUGGACGUUUUUCUUAUAGUUCUUCUUAAAAUUACUUUAGAAAUCACUCUACAAAAUAGUUUUGGGGAGAUCUCAUUUGGCACCCUACUAUCGUACCUCGAGUCUCUUUUUUUAUGUGGAAAUUGACACACUGUGGACUUUCUACAAAUGAUCGUAUAUCCAUCACAGGACAUAACAUCUGCUCUAAGUGUCAUUAUUGUCCCAUCACUCCGAGAAAUGAAACUAUGGGCCAAUUAUUUUUUCAUAGUGUUAUUGCUACGAAAUGUUGGAACCAACUCUUAUUGAAUUGGUCCCUAGCAUUUCAUAUUUCUCCUUCUUACACCACUAGAGAUUUUCAGGAGAGUCUUUGAUUCGCCGCAAAGCUCUAGGGGCAGCCCCUACCUACGUAUUUCCAUAGCAUAUAUGUUAUGGGAGAUAUAGAAAGGGCAAAAUCUCUCUUAUUUUGCAGGUCAAUAGAUGCGCGCACCAAAGAUCAUGAGACACGUCACACAAUGGCUGAGAAGUACCCAUCCUUUGGUGUCGCCUUCAGCGACAUGUUCGGCCUCAAUCUGUGAGGCCCUUAGGACCUGGGGAGUCCAAGCCACGCCUACGCAUAUAGAAAUCUCCACUCGAGUCAUCCGAUAGAGACUGCCACCAGUUGGACACCUAAAGUUGAACGUCGAUGGAGCAGCCCGAGGGAACCCUGAACCUGUAGGAGGAAGAGGCAUCUUACGGGAUCCUACGGGGAGUAUUAUCUUUGCCUUUUCUUAUUUUUAUAACAUUCAAACUAACACUGCAGCAGAGGCUAUGGCGAUACGUGAUGGUUUGCUCCUCUGUGAGGAACGCAAUCUCCAUGAUAUCGUCAUAGAAUCUGACUCACGAGUGCUUGUUCAGAUGCUACGUGCAGGUUCUUGUUCACAUUGGUAG